AGACUUCGUAGCGAACCGCUUCCCGCUCGACAAGUUCACACCAAACAAACUCAAAACUUCCCGGCAUUGAGAGUUCUCUCGACCCUUCGCUCACACCACGACGAUAUAUUCGCUCGAGGCCGCGAAACUUCAUAAAAAGGAAACUGUCGUCUGGAUUCUCCUCCCCCCUAGUGAAAUUGACUGCAAAGAACCAAGAAAGGAGCAGUCUGUGUCUGAGAUGUAGGCACGAGUGCGACCAACUGUCUAAUCUUCCAAUUCAUCGAGAGGAAAGGUCGCUGGGAGCAAGCACAGAGGCUGUAUUUUGGCGAGUAGAGAGACGGAAGCAUGAGUUUACAACCUAGACGAGAAUAUCACAUUGUCGUGCUUGGUGCAGGCGGCGUCGGCAAGAGUUGUCUAACCGCUCAGUUUGUCCAAGAUGUUUGGAUCGAGAGUUAUGAUCCGACCAUAGAAGACUCGUAUCGCAAGCAAGUUAAUGUGGAUGGACGACAAAUCAUCCUAGAAAUCCUCGACACUGCCGGAACCGAGCAAUUCACGGCCAUGAGGGAACUCUACAUGAAACAAGGCCAAGGUUUCUUGUUGGUCUUUUCGAUCUGCAACAUGAAUUCCUUUUACGAGUUGGCCGAACUUCGCGAGCAAAUCAUCCGCAUCAAGGACGACGAAGACGUUCCCUUGGUCGUGGUUGGCAACAAGUCCGACAUGGAGGAUGAGCGCGUCGUCCCGCGUGCCCGGGCCUUCCAGCUCGCCCAGUCGUGGGGUCAAAAGCCGUACUACGAGACGUCGGCGCGGAGAAAGACCAACGUCGAGGCCGUCUUCCACAACCUCUGCUCCCAGAUCAUCCAGCGGGACACGGAUCGCGGCCAACAGUACGAACAACAACUGGACGCCCGUCGACGAGAGAGGCCCAACCGACACGACCGAAAGGGCAAGAGGACUCGCAAUCGGGACCGAUGCGUCAUUCUGUAAAUAAAAGGUGUGACGGGAAGAAGGCUGGGGAUCGUCAACAGCUUCCUUCGACCGCAUCUUCUUCUUCGGGUUGGCCGGAAAAGCAAGACACCCAAGUGAGGAAGAGUACUACCAAUGGCCCGGGGAGGCGUUUUCAUUUCGAGGCUUUUAUAGAAAGGGAAAAAAAAGAGACUGCAAAGUACGGGAUAACGGGGUACGAUACAAAAAAGUGGACAGAUUUUUAGACCUCUUGCGACUCGCGUCGACGUUUUUGUAUCCAUUUCACCAAGGUAGAAAAAAG